GACCUCUGAACCGCUAGGAACAAAUCCGAGGAGAAUCGGCCGGGGAUCCGGGAAGACGGUAGCUACGGCCGCCAUUACAACGCGCGCAAGAACGAAUUUGUGCGGACUGUCGCGCCGAGCUCCCGAUUUUGCCAUAAGAUCUAGGCAGCUUGAAGGACAGCCCAGAGACGGAUGUUCCCACCCCUGUUGAGACUGAAGUGCUGCAAUUUUUCCUACGCUGCCUGGAAUUAAGUGAUCAAAGGUGAGAUGGCAGUUUCUGAAGAGCCCAUGUGGGUGCAACUAGAGCAGAGAAUUGCUCCACAUCCUAGUUGGAGUGGCUGGUGCAGGAUCUGAUCGCAUAGAGAGCACGUAACGCUGCUCUGGGGAACAGGGAGUUUUCCCAGAUCAUACUGUUCUGGCCGCUCGGAUGGUGGCAUGAGCCUUCUAAUAUGGUUUCCCAGGAUUCUUUUCCCAUCUGUUGGUGGGCGUCCUCUUUUUGAUGGUUUUCGUCCUGGCCUCGGAAGAGAUCUAAAAUGCUGGCAUACCUACAUGUAUGUGCGUGUACAUACAUUUACGUAUGUUUGUUCGACUACAUACCUACCUCACAACUACUUUCACUGUGCUCUGUCCAUACAAUUUGAGUACUGCCAGGAGAUGUGUGCUGUCGCUCUGCUGAUCUAUAGCACUGGUUGCAGAAAUACUGAGGGUGGACUGUUUCAACAUCAUGGUCACAGUUCACACCAAGCAGUGCUAGCCUCUCUCUGUAGACAGUGUUCGAACAUUUAUACAUAUUUCUGUCUCUCAACUUAUUUCCACAAACGCGACAGUGCUUCUGCAGUUUGC